ACACCAUGUUAAAUACAAGCUUUAGCUAGUCAUUUACGUACUCUUGCUCUCAUCAGGUAAGUAUAGUUUAUAGACUAAAAUUAAACUUUCGAAUAGAAAUGGGUGUAUUUACUGGAUUUGAUGGCUUGAUCAAUCAGAACAUUCAACAGCCUCUUAAGGCCGCGGCCGAGUCCAAGAUACCUGAGAAUGUUAAAUCUAGUUCAGUUUCAGAGAAUGAUACUAAUAUUCAGGAACCUUGGUAUUGGGAUCCUGAUGUGGACCCAAAGUUGAAGGCCGAGUACAAGAAAAAUUCGCAUGUUAGAUCAAUGCCAUUGUAUGCUAUCGAUCCUAAAUAUUAUGACUUAGCUGAGGUGAAUAGGCAAGCAGAACUUUGGUCUGGUCCUAAUAACAAGCAUCCAUGGUAUGAUGCUCCUGCUACGGUGAAGGUGAAAAGAAAAAAAGGUCUUUGCAAUUUGAACAUAGAAUUCACAUUGGGAUGGCCUCCUCAAUUACGUUUGGACAACAAAUCAACAAAGGUUUUGAAGAAAGACGGACCGAGGCAGAUCACAGAAGUGAAAAAAACUUUGAGAUAUAAGAUUCUUGGGUUGCCUAUAGCUAUCCCGAUACAUCUAAUCAUCGAUGAAAACCAUCAAAAUCUUACUGCAAAAUAUAAGAAAAAGAAAAUGAUGUACAUGAAAGUGUUUGAGGGUAGCUGGAAAGUGGAGCCACUAUACGCAGAUCAGGAACGCUUAUGCAAGUCUAGGUCGCGGAUUAAUGAAGAAGAGUACAAAAAAUGUAGUGGCGGAAAAGGAAGGAUUGGAUCAAAGGUGACAAUGGAGCAAAUCUUUCAGCCUUGUUCUCUUCUUAAUGUGCCACCGAUUUCUUGGUUCAUCCGUGAGAUCACCAUAAAAACGAUCAAGAAUUUGCUCGAAGAUCUUAGAAAAUUUGUUAUCGACAUGCACAAAAGUUCAAGCCCGGAAUGAGCCGGUUAUAAUGUAGUGGACUGGUAUUAUUGCACGGCUUGGUUAUACAGGGAAUCUGAAUAUGCGGAAAAUGAAAAAAGUAUGAACAA